AUGGCGGACGCCCUGGACAUGUCCCUCGACGACCUCAUCUCCAAGAACAAGUCCUCCUCCCAGCGCGGCCGUGGCCGCCGCAACCCGGCCUCGGGCUCGGGCUCGGGCUCGGCGUCGGGAGGACCCGCACCCGCCGGUCGCCGCUUCCAGGCUCGCGCCGCCACCCGCGCUGCCGCCGCGCCCUACCACCAAUUCAACUUCCCGCCCCCGGCGCCGGCGGCUUUUGCAUAUGCUGCCCAGCAGGCCCAUGCCCAUGCCCACGCCCAGGUGAUGGCCAUGGUGGCGCCGCCGACCGGGGUCGAAACGGGCACCAAGCUGUACAUCUCCAACCUCGACUACAACGUCUCCAACGAGGACAUCAAGGAACUCUUUGCUGAGGUGGGCGAUCUCAAGAGGUACUCCAUUAACUACGACAAGAGUGGAAGAUCAAAGGGAACUGCAGAGGUUAUAUUUUCAAGGAAAUCAGAUGCUCUAGCUGCUCUAAAGAGGUACAACAAUGUGCAGCUUGACGGCAAACCUAUGAAAAUUGAGGUCAUUGGAACAAAUAUUGAGGCACCACCACCACCUGCUAUUUUUACUUUGAAUACCCCGACGAUAGGAAACUUCAUUCCUUCCUACAGUGGCGGACGUGGAAGGGGCGGUGAUGGUGGUCGGGGAUGGCCUCGGGGCAGAGGUGGAUUCGGCGGGCGUAGUGCUGCUGGGCGUGGUCGAGGGCGCGGUGAUGUUGGGCGUGGGCGAGGGAGGGGAGGGCGUGGCAGUCAGCCAGUUUCUGCCAAUGAUCUAGACGCAGACUUGGACAAGUACCACUCGGAAGCGAUGCAGACCAGCUAA